CCAGUUCCGAUUGGACCUGAGGAUAGGACAAACCAAUGAAAUCACGGCUUAUACGAGGGAAUUCUACUCGGCAUCAACACAACAAGAUGGCCCCCGCUUGUGGGCUAGGAAAGCCGAGUGGCGGAAAGAUGCCGGAGAACGGUCAUGUUAACGGGCUGGGGAAAACCGACAAUGGGCACAAACAGAUAUCACCAAAGUUUCAGGAGUAUUUUGAAGAAACCCCACUUUUUAUGGCUGUUUAUACCUACAUUAGCUAUGGGAUUUUAAUUAUUGUUGGUCAUAUUCGAGAGUUUCUGGGCCUCUACAAACAACAUCAUAUUUCAUCAAGCCGAGAAUUAAGCCAGCCAUCCUCAACACCAGGUUUUGUUCCUUUGUAUCAAAGCUGGGAGAGUUUUUACACACGGAAUGUAUAUCGCCGAAUUCAGGGACUGCUGGAAUAGGCCUUGCAAAGUGCUGCAGGUGCUCAAAUAAAAGUUUUGGAAAGAAAAACUGAUGACUAUGUUGGAAUUUCAAGUGAGUACCACAGGUAUCAAGCUAACAGCAGUGAGAUCGAGGCCAUCAACCUAGGAUCAUAUAAUUACUUAGGAUUUGCAAGAAAUGGGCCCUGCAAGGAAGACGUCCGUAAAAUUACAUACGAGCUGGGCGUGGGAGGUGGAAGUCGCCAAGAGCUGGGUCAUCAGGAAAUUCACAGGCACCUGGAUCAGCAGGUGGCCAAAUUCCUGGGCGUGGAGGAUGCCAUCACCUUCCCCAUGGGUUUUGCUACCAACUCCAUGAACAUCCCCUGCAUUGCUCAAAAGGGCUGCCUCAUCUUGAGUGAUGAGCUCAAUCACACCUCCCUUGUCCUUGGCUCCAGGUUGUCGGGGGCAACCAUCAGAGUUUUUAAACACAAUAACAUGGCAAUGCUAGAAAAACGCUUGCGGGAAGCCAUUGUAAAGGGCCAACCAAGAACAAAACGGCCAUGGAAGAAAAUUAUCAUUGUUGUUGAGGGAGUUUACAGUAUGGAAGGUUCCAUUGUGCGCCUGGAUGAGGUAAUACGGCUGAAGAAGAAGUACAGAGCAUACCUGUACUUGGAUGAGGCUCACAGUAUCGGGGCGAUUGGUCUGCGAGGCAGAGGUGUCGUGGACUACUUUGGAGUGGACCCAAACGAUGUGGACAUCCUUAUGGGGACAUUGACCAAGAGUUUUGGUGCUGCUGGUGGCUACAUUGGGGGUACAAAGAAGCUGAUCAACUACCUGAGAGUUUACUCACACAGCUCCAUCUACUCCUCUGUCAUGCCAGCACCCGUCGCCCAGCAGAUCAUCAGCUCUAUGAAGAUCAUCAUGGGUGAAGAUGGCUCUGAUGAAGGCCAGAGACGCAUUGCACAGCUGAGGUGGAACGCUCGUUACAUGAGGAGACGUCUUCAGGAGAUGGGCUUUAUCAUCUAUGGCAACAAAGACUCGCCAGUCGUGCCUUUACUGCUGUUUUUACCUUCAAAAGUAGGGGCUUUUGGUCGGAUGGCUUUGGAGCGUGGCCUUGGUGUUGUUGUUGUUGGGUUUCCCGCCACUCCCAUCAUUGAAUCCAGAGUGCGAUUCUGUCUGUCAGCCUCCCACACCAAGGAAACACUAGACAAGGCAUUGACAAUUAUUGAGGAAGUGGGCACUCGUUUGCGGCUCAAGCUAUCUUCAAGGAAGUGUACAGACUUCAGUGAAGAUGAUGAAUAGAUCACUGUUCUGUCCAACACAUAUGAUUUUCAAUACUGCAAAGGAAAGGAACUGCAACCCGCUUACAAAAUUUAAAGAUUGUCUUAUCCCACAUUGUAAACUUUUUUAACAUUGUACUUCAGAUUUGACCUCGAAAAUCAAAAGGUUAAUCAUAGCUAAGCUAGCUGUUGUUUCUUUGUACAUGUUUUGUAGUUAAGUCAGAUAAGCCAAAGAGAGCCUGGUCCUGGCUCAUGGCACACAUUAUUGAAUGUCAAAUACAGUCAUUUUUCAUUUAGGGCUUUUAUUUUUGUGCAUAAUACAUGUAUGUUUAUUGUAAGAUGCCAGAUUAAGAAUGAAGAACUCUGUUCUUAGCCAAAUACCAUGUUGUAUUUUAAUCAACAUAAGCAAAUUCACUCUCAUUUUCAACAAUACUCCCCAACUUAGUCUAUUAUACACAUUUUAUGAUGCAUUAAAAAGGUCUAAAUUUAGUCAGGUAUGUGCGUAGACACAUAGGGUCAUAGCAAUAUAUGCACACGACCUUAUUUUUAACUAGUCAGUGGUGGCAUUAUAUGAGUAACUACAGCAUUUAGAACAUGGAAAUAUUGUGACGACUUUGUCAGGCAGCUGAUCGGUGCUGCUUUAUGGGUGUACAAGAUUCUCAAUUCGGUAUUUCGUAAUACUUCGCUUUUCAAAGCACAGUUAUUCCGUGUUUUUACUGAUGUGCUUUCUCCACUUGGCCAGUCAACAUCUGUUGACUUUUUUUUAGUUAAAUGAUAGGUUAAAAAAGUGGCUUUUGAAUUCAAAGAAUGAUAACUUUAAGAUAAUGCUUUGAUCAUUUUUCAAAACAGAAACAAAAAAGGAGGGGAAAGGAUAGAUUACUUUGGGGUGCAGUAAUUGUGGUAUAACUUUACAACAUGAUCACAAAGUUUUUCAGGAUAUCAGGAAGGCAUUAUUAGAAAAAGUUGAUAGCGUUAAGGUGCAAUAGUUGUGUCAGAGCUUUAUGACGUAAUGGUGGUAAGUUUUGGAGAACAUUAGAAAGGCAGCGUGGAAAAGUGUGAAGAAUUUAAAGUUCCAAUAGUUAUUGUAUCGCAUAUGUAGCUUAAUGACAUUUUGAAAACAUCAGGAAUGCAUCAUGGGAAAAAUGUUAAGAAUCUUCAGGUGCAAUAGUUGUUGUAUCAUACAUGUAGCUGUUUGACAUCAGAUAGGCAUCAUGGGAAGUGUUAAGAUCUUUAAAGUGCAAUAGUUGUCUUAUACAUUAUAGCUUUAUGAUGGUUAUGCAGUUUUUUAAAUCUUUUUGCAGGAAGGCAUCAUUGCAAAACAGUUCAAGACUAUAGUGCAAUAAGUUUAUCAUAGCUUUAUGGUUUGAUGGUGCACAUUUUGGUGCAGGGUUAAGCUUUGUGGUAUUACGAUGUGGAUUACGGUGCAGGGUUGUACAUGUAGCAUUAACAGUGGAAAAUACUAGUUGGAGUACAACUUUGUUUAGUUAAUUUUUUGGUUUUUUUGUUUUUACAUUAAAUUGAAAGCCAUACAUUCAUAGUACAUAUUCUACUCCCCUCCCCACUUCACUCCUCCCCAUGCUGUCGGAAUCUCUCACUGUUGUCCCAUCAUUAAGCCUACUCGUCAGCCAGUAGACAGUGUUGAAUGCUAGUUGAAGCAAAUUAUUCUUGCAUAAUAACAGAUGCCUAAGGACCAACACAGUGGCUUGGUUAUCAGAUGUCUGUAUUUCCAUUGUCCAUUAUUGGAAGAGAAUAAUCUAACAAUUUUUCCUUUGUUUACAAAGUACCAUUGUUUUAAACAAUAUUUUACUUAACAAUAAACGAAAACUAGGGAAUUUGCGUACACAAACACUGCUUCUUUUAACCAAGUACCACCUAGCACAUCUCAGUGGGUGACAACAUAGAUGGUCAACCCAAGUCUGGCUGGCCCUGUAUAACGUGGGAAUUCGUAUCAAAACGAUGUCUUUUUCGAGGUGGAUCCUAGUUACACAGUAGCAAACUGCCGUAUCAGUUUGAACAUUGUAGUGGACAACUUUGAAGUUCCGAUUUAUGACACUGAAAUCUCUGGUCAGACUUUUGAGUUCUCAGACGUUGAAUUUGAUCAUUGUCCAGGCAUUUCCAACCACACUGGCAAUACAGACUGUUAGGCUGUAGCUUUAUAAUGUUUUAAGUGUAGGUCUACAUUUCGCGUGUAUAUCAGAUUUAAUAUUUACUAUUCUUUCCUUUUGUCCGCUUUGUCUGCGAAUACUAAUUGAGUGUUGGCAGGAAAAAAUGCAUAAACCCAGCCUCAUUACCUAGUGAUUUUAAUGUCACAUUACUCAGAUUACUGUACUUUUUUCAAUAUUUUUUUUUACACUCAAGUUAAUAAUAUAUACCUAGGUAAUUAUGAAUAAAAUAAGCAAUCUGGACACUAAUCCUUUAAGGACACAGAAGAUGCCAGAUUUUAUGAUAGAUGUAAAAGAAAAAGCAAUGUGAAUGUUACAUUUGACCUGAAGUACAUGUAUUUGUCAAAUUGUGUUCGACAGAACCAUUUUCUUAACCUGGCCAUGUACUCUAAUUCUAAGUCUUACUUCUACCUCUUCACUGUCACGUUCCACUAACUAGUCUUAGUUCAGCUUGAAAGAAUGGUUUCAGAAUAUGUCAAAAUCUAUAAUUGCUGUAUAAAACUAAGAUGUUAUUUUGUGCCGCAAAUCAUGAAGGACAAAUAUAUUUUUUAUCAAUGCUGAAUGUCUGUUUAUUUGCACUGUUAAACUAAAGGCACACAAACAUCCUAGAACUGUUGAGACAAGUGAUGUGAUUAAACAUGCCCGCCAGGUGAAUCAAGGGAGAUAAUUCACACCCAAAACAAACUGUACAUCACUUAUGUAUGUACGUCAUUGUCAUUCCUUGAACGCUAGAAAAGCGCACCCUUAUCAUCUUGAUUUUCUUAUGAUUAUGUGACAGCUGAUUGGGUAUGUGGCAUCAUUUAGUGGCAUGAAUUAGAGGCGUUUCUGACCAAGUUGCAGAAGUUAUUAGUAGCUGAGUGUAAAAACCCAAGUCCACAUCUAGUUGUGCUGAGUAGUAAAUGGCUGGUGAUAGUACCAGUGAGGAGAUUUGCAGCAAAGUAUAAAUACAUGUAUAUAAACCCUAUUUCCAGAUGUAUCUACAUGGACAUAACUAUUUUUGGAUGAUUACCCUAGUGUCCAUCAUGUUUCUAGGCUACUGUACCUCUGCCCCUCUCAUCUGAUUUCUGGCUGAUUAUUCUGCUGUACAUUAUGUUUCUAGGCUGCUGUAACACCCCUGCCCUCACACACGCACUCUCACCUGAAUGUUUCUGGGUGGUUACCCUGCUGUCCCAUGUUUCUAGGCUGCUGGAAACACUCCUCCCUCACACACCGUCUCACCUGAAUGUUUCUGGGCGGUUACCCUGCUGUCCAACUCUUUCUGACUGAUUAUACUGCUGUUCAUCAUGUUUCUACACUAUGGUACUGCCACCCCCUCCCCUCUCUUCGCCUGACUAUUUUGGAUUGUUUAACCAGCUCUCCAUCAUGUCUGUAGGCUAUGGUACUGACAUGUUUUUAGGCUGCUGUAACACCCCUCCCCCUCAAACACACAUUCUCACCUGAAUGUUUCUGGGUGGUUACCCUGCUAUCUAUCAUGUUGCUAGGGUAUGAUACGUCCACACACCCUCCCUUCCCCUCUCACCUGAUAUUUCUGGCUGAUUAUCCUGCUGUCCAUCAUGUUCCUAGGCCAUGGUACCCCCCAAUCUUCACCCCCUCUCACCUGAUAUUUCUGGCUGAUUAUCCUGCUGUCCAUCAUGUUCCUAGGCCAUGUUACCCCCCAGUCUUCACCCUUCUCACCCAGUAUUUCUGGCUGAAUAUCCUGCUAUCUAUCAUGUUUCUAGGCUACUGUUUCUAGGCCCUAUCCCCCCCCCCCCCCUUUCCCAUUUGACAUUUCUGGCUUAUUGUCCUACUGUCCAUCAUGUUACCAGGGUACUUUAACGGUGUUUAUAGGCUGCUCACCCACUCCCUCACCUGAUACUUCUGGCUGAUUAUCCUACUGUCCAUCAUCUACAUUUUGUAUUUGUCUUCAUCCAAGCCCCAAAAAUCGAAUCAUUAAGCAGAUCUAAACAUAAUGUUCUUUAACUAUGUGCAGAAAGUGCUACUAAGUGCUGCUUUAUUUUUUUUCACACAGAGAAAGGUUUGAUCAAUAGGGUAUUAUUUUUCGGGUACAUCAGUUCAUCUUCUAUAUUAUCUGUCCAGUAACUCAGGUUUUCUACUUUGUUCAUCUAUGACCCUUGACCUUUUCCUGUACAGACUAACUUACAUAAUGAAACGCCUUUUCUAUUUAUACAGACUUAUUGUAUAAUGAAAUACUUUUCUGUCUGUACAAACAAAGUACGUAAGGAAAUAUUUUUCUGUCUAUACACAGUUUAGUGAUGUUCAUAAAAUGAUGACUAUAUACCAGUGAAAACUGUUCUGUGACAAACAUUUCAGAGACCAUGAAUACCUUUUUUUUCCACAGAAUUGUGCACUGUUUCUGGUAGAUUUAUUCUGCCCAUUCUGUGUUCAGGACAAAGAUUGCAACGCACCUUAAUGUAGCUACAUGCAGCGAAAGUUGAAAUUUUGAAUUUGUGCUGAUUUUAAUGCAUGCGAAUUUACCUGAUUGCAUUUGUGAUGUACAUGUUCUGCUCACUGUGAUGUCACACUACUGACUCUGCAGUGGAAAGUUCAGCAUCAAUAAAAUGGCGUAAUAUGUAUCCCAUUACACACCAGUAUAGGCAUUUUGUACUCAGUUUAGAUAAAAAAAGGUGGGUUGGUGAACCCUGUUUUUAUUACAUAUUUUUUAUUCUGGCAAUGAUUUUUAUAAAUUAACAAAUUUUGGAGUGUUAAGGAAAAUCUAUAUAGACAUCAGUGCGAUAUGUAGUAUAGUUGUGUAUGCUACACAGGAGUAAAAGCACAAAUUUCACCUCUAUGAAGGCAUUCUAAAUGCUCAUCAGACAUAAAGUAUUUGAGUGACCCCUGUUUUUUUUAUUCCAUGUUAUUUGUUCAGACAAUAAAUGCUAUGACUUGACAAAUUUUAAGAGUAACCUUAUUGGUUUGAGUUAAAUGCAGCGAGCUACCUUAGAUGGAGAAGAAAUGUACUGAAAAAGAGAACAAAUUUGUAGGUAGUGUGGAAUGAACUGCUAUUGCAGUGACUACAUGAAUUAUUAUCUGCAGUUUCUCCCAAUUCAUUUCUGGUCAUCUUUGCUUGGGAAAUGGACAGUUUGUUUAUGACAGAUGACCAUUACUUGUUGGCUUGUACUGUAAGUGUACAGGAUGUUGGCUUUAGUACUUGGCAGAGUUGCUUCAUGUACAAACAGGAAGUAGUGUCUUUUGUGCACAGCUCUCCAAAUCUCAUUCAGAUGAAUACCCGACUCUGGUAACCAACUUUAAGUAAAUUUGUUUUGUAUUGAAGAGAGUGAAGUGGUUUACUAUAUUAUGUUCAAGUUUUCUGAAGAUUGUUGUAUUGUUUCUGUUGUCCAUGUUGUUCAACCAAGGUUGUGGAGUUAUAAAAAUGGGUAUGUAUGUCUUAUCGCAGCUAACUGUUAGAAAGAAAGACUCGUUAGUAAUAAGGAGAUAUAAUAAGUGAAAUUAUAGUCCUGUUAAACUAUUUACUGGUACUAAUAACCUCUUGGUUCAAAAUCAUUUAUAUUUAGUUUAAACCUUGGAUUUUGUAAGUGACAUGUUUUAUGGGAUUUGUUUCCUGUUAUUGUCAUAUUUGAUGUGUGAAAGGCUUUUUAUUUCAUACUGUGAGGCUUGGCAUUGAAAUAGACAUAUUUACUUUGACACAUGCCUUUUUGGAGGUAUGUUAAGAAAUAUUUCUGUUUUAUCAUUCAACUAUUGUUAUAUCCAGAUUGUUGUAAUAGUGAAUUUUGAUUGGUUUAUGUUUUACUCAAAUUAGGAUAGGUUACUGGCUGAACUGGCAUUUUUCGUUAGGAAUGUUGUAGUCCAUUGUACCAUUUAUGUGCAGUAGACAUUGAGAAGUUGCUGAGAAUGAUGUGCAGACGUUGAGAAAUUACUGGGAAUGAUGUGCAGGUUUCUUCCCUGCCUGAUCCAGUCAGUCAUGUCAGUGAACCAGUCAUAAGUUUGAGACUUUGAAACUGGUACAUCUUCAUCGUGCAUAUGUAAUAUUGUUCAAAGUGUUGUUAUUCUAGUUCAGUAUGCUUGUUUAUAGUGGGCUACAGCAAGCGCGCUAAAUUUGAUUUUAAGAUAUAGGUUUUAUGUUUAUAGGGGUGAACUAAACAAAUUACAAAAAGAAAAGAAAAAAAAAA